AUGAUGCAGGCGCUCUGUGCACGACGAACGGGCCAGCAAUGGUCCUCCAACAAGGCAGUCAUUGCCGCCUUGCGAACUCCCCUUGCCCGCCAGCCUCUUCUCAUCUCCAUUCGACAGCCUCACAAGUCUUCCUGUCUGCAUCAGCGACGAGGCUAUGCCGACCACCGAACUGAUCGACUCGAUCUGCCUGCUCUAGAUCGGAAAUGGCGUGAGAACUGGGCGUCCUCCCAGGAGCCUGCCGCGAGCCACGACAACAAGCCGACCAAGUUCGUCUUGCCCAUGUUCCCCUACCCUUCCGGCACUCUGCACUUGGGCCACCUGCGAGUCUACACCAUCGCCGAUGUCGUGGCGCGUUUCCAUGCCCUCCAGGGGUCCAAGGUCCUGCUGCCAAUGGGCUGGGACGCAUUCGGUCUGCCCGCCGAGAACGCUGCCAUUGAGAGGGGCAUCAACCCCGCCACCUGGACGACAUCCAACAUCGCCAAGAUGAAGGAGCAGCUAGGCAAGAUGCAUGGCAGCUGGGACUGGAGCAAGGAAAUCACCACGUGCGAUCCCGAGUUCUAUAAACACACCCAGAAACUCUUUCUGAUGCUACACGAACGAGGUCUCGCCUACCAGGCCGAGUCCGAAGUCAACUGGGAUCCCGUCGACCUGACUGUGCUGGCGAAUGAACAGGUUGACGCCAAUGGCUGCUCGUGGCGGUCCGGGGCCAAGGUCGAGAAGCGCCAGCUGAAGCAGUGGUUCUUCCGCAUUUCCGAGUUCCGCGACGCUCUCCUCGCCGACCUCGAGGCCCUCGCCAAGGAAGAGGCCUGGCCUGAGAGGGUCCUUGCCAUGCAGAAGAACUGGCUCGGCAAGUCGACAGGCGCCACCGUCAAGUUUCCCGUCAUGGCCAUGGGACAGGACGCCCACGCCGCUAUUGAAGUAUUCACCACGAGGCCGGACACCCUGUUCGGCGUGCAAUACCUGGCUCUGGCAUCGACCCACCCUGUCGUCGCCCAGCUGGCAAAGAGCGACCCCGAGCUGCAGGCUUUCCUCGAUACCCUCCCUGGCCUGCCGCGAGACUCCAAGGUCGGGUACAUGCUGCCCCAGAUUCGGGCCGUCAACCCUCUGGCCUACCACGAAGACACCCCAGACGCGACCAAGGCUUCGCUGCCCAUUUAUGUGGCAUCCUAUGUGCUUGGUGACUACGGCGAGGGUGCCGUCAUGGGUGUUCCGGGUCACGACGUGCGGGAUCAUGCUUUUUGGAAGGAGCACCGCUACGAUGAGCCCGUGCGCUUUGUUCUGGCAGCUUCUGAGGAUGAGUCGACAACAGCCAUGGCCAAUGAGCCCAUUGUGGACCACGGCAUCAUGACGGAGCAUAGUGGCCCGUUCAAAGGCAAAAAGUCCAUCGAUGGAGGCAAGAUGCUCGUCGCCGUUCUCGAAGCCGCCGACCUCGCCAAGCCGAUGGACAAGUGGCGGCUCAGAGACUGGCUCAUCAGUCGGCAGAGGUACUGGGGCACUCCCAUCCCCAUCAUUCACUGCGACUCCUGUGGGCCGGUGCCUGUUCCCGCAGACCAGUUGCCGGUCAAGCUGCCCAACGUGAGCGACCACUGGGCGGGUGGCCAGCCUGGUAACCCCCUCGAGAGGACGCCCGAAUGGUCGGAAACCAGCUGUCCCGAGUGCGGAGGCGCAGCGAAGAGGGACACUGACACCAUGGACACUUUUGUGGAUUCCAGCUGGUACUAUGCCAGGUUUGCCGACCCCCACAACAAGGAGCUUCCGUUCUCUCAGGAGGCCACCAAAAUGCUGCCCGUGGACCUCUACCUCGGCGGCAUCGAACAUGCCAUUCUGCAUCUGCUGUAUGCUCGCUUCAUCUAUAAGUUCAUGGCGUCAACAGAUCUGUUCCCUUCAGGGCCGGAUUCGGAAACGAUCAGUCACGAGCCUUUCAAGAGGCUCAUCACCCAAGGCAUGGUCCAUGGCAAAACGUACAGCGACCCUAAGACGGGCAGAUUCCUCAAACCCGACGAAGUCGACCUCAGCGACGCCUCUAAUCCGAAGGUGGUCGCAACGGGCGCCACGGCCAAUGUCAGUUUCGAGAAGAUGAGCAAGUCGAAGCACAACGGCGUGGACCCCACCGUCUGCAUCGAGACGCACGGGGCCGACGCCACACGCGCCCACAUGCUCUUCCAGGCCCCGGUCAGCGAUGUGCUGAACUGGGACGAGGACAAGAUUGCCGGCGUCACACGCUGGCUGAACAGGCUUUUCGAGCACGUCAAGGGCACGGCAGCCCAGGCGUCAUCAGACGAAACGGCGGUCGCCUACUUCACUGAUGGCUCCAGGCGUCUGGAGUCGAUGACGGAGGCAGAGCUGUCCAAGUGGGACACCGAGGCUGCGCUCUGGCGAGCCGUCCAAAGCACCAUCACGUCCGUGACCGACUCGUACAACAAGGUCUACCCCAUGAACACGAUCGUCUCCGACCUCAUGAGCCUCACCAACACGCUGCUCGAUAGCGAGGCGUCCAGCCCAGUCGUUCGUCGGGAAGCCACGUCGGCGAUUCUGCGCAUGCUGGCGCCCAUCACGCCAGCGUUUGCCGAAGAGUGCUGGAGUCUCCUGCACCCGGGCACGCGAUCCAUGUUCACGUCGGCGGCGUUCCCGACGGCGGACGACACGGCGGCGCUGCUGCAGCCGCGGAAGCAAACGUGCGCCAUUCAAGUCAACGGCAAGGUCCGCGGCGUCGUGCAGAUCCCCAAGCCGCCGGCGGGGCUGGCGGGGGAUACGCUGCGAGACUGGAUGGUUGCCGAGGUGUUCAAGACGGAAGAGGGGCAGACCAAGUUCUCGGGCGGGCCGUGGGAUGUGAGGUCGCCAAAGCGGGUCAUCGUGGCAAGGGGCGCCAAGACGGUCAACUUUGUCGUGUAA